GAAUUCUUAGUGGUCUAAGGCAGACAUGUGGAUUUAUGGUUAUGGAGACAGAAGUAGCUGGGGUUUCUUUGUACAGAAAGAGUGAUGUAAAAAAACAAGAAAGACGUAGUUGUACAAUCCCAGAACGUGAGGCUAAAGUAACCUAUGGCAGUAAAAUCUGAGGCCGGAAUUAGAGGAGUAUAGAAUCUCAGGAAUGUAGACCAGAGGAGAUUAUAGAGAUAGAGCGGGGGAAGUCCAUGAAGGGAUUUGAAAACAAGUAUGAAUAAAACAUCUUAAAUAUUUCUUAACGAACAUAUGAAAGUAUUCAAUGAAACAGCAGAUUGAUUAAGCCGGAUGAAGAUUGUGUGUGUCAGCAAACCCCCUACAAGGUGUUUCUCAGUCUGAUGCAAAAACAACUCCCAGAAGCGUUUCUUUAAAAAAAGAAAAUAAAACUUGUCUUGUGAUUUGGAAAUCCGAGAAAACUUCAGUUUUGGAUCGCUCACCUACGGAUUGGGUGAAUUGCGAGCUAUUACAUGUUUGAAUUCCGGGUGCGUAAAUUCUGAAAGAAGUGAGCCACAUGACUUGGGUCUCUGGUGAUUCACUGGUCAAAGACUAGGCUGCAGAGUAAAACCUAAGAAAUUCGGUGGUUUGCAGAUAAGGAUUUAAUUAUCAGUUUUGUGAUUGGAGAGAGAUAUGAAGCCAGGUGUUCGGGGAAGGGAUUUGUAUAUGGCAAGCUACAGAGGAAUUUGAGCAGUCCCUACUGUCAGAUUGAAAGCCACUUCUUCCUCGCUACUGUGAGAAGCAGGAACUUGUACAGAUGGAGAAAGAUAUGGAGAGGUUGAAACAGCUAGCGGGGCAUGCUGUGCCCCCUCAGUGUAAAGUGGCCCCUCCACAAGCAGGGUGUGAAAAUGCCACGAGCCAGCCUGUGGAAUCCCAGGAGCAGGAGGACCCAAAUUCCGCAGCUCUGGAAUGUCUGGAAAAGGAGUUUUCCAAUUACCUCCGCUCGCUUCCAAAUCUCUCGCAGGAAGAGAGACAGAAAGUGUGGAAUGGGCUUAUCUCUCAAUUCCUGCAGGUCUUUGACGACGACUCAAGUAGUUGGAUAAUGAUGUUCCCGAGUGUUUUGCCAUUCUCCACUGAAGCCUCUAAGGUGUUGGUGCAAACAAUCAAACAGAAACUAGAUGGCAAAGUAGGAGAUGAAGCCCGAUUCAUUGUUGAAGAGUUCCUCCAAUGGAAACAAGAUACAGGAAGCAGUGAGGGUUGGCAGUUGCUGAAAACAAUUCAGCUAUUAACCGUAGCUGACUCGGAAAUACUGAGAUGUAUUGUGAAAACAGGACUGCACUUAAUUCUUUUAAAAUGUUUGCACCUUUUUGCUUUCUCAUCCAAAAGAGGGUCUGAAAAAAUGGAAUCGCAGACACAGGAUACCAGCACAAUAUUUCAGGAAACUGUAACCCAUAUCAUGCUGCAUUUGUGCAGCCAGGUCUCUGCUGUUGAGGCAAUGGUACAAACUGAUGACCUGAGGUGUCUGAUUUCAGCAGUGGCCUCCCAAUGGGCCCAGUGCAACUCGUCCUGGAGAAUAUAUACAGGUCAUGUGCUGAAGGCCAUAUCUAAAACACCAACUAAAAAUAUCGUCAGAUAUUUACACGACAGUGAUUGUAUAACGAAGUGCAUUCAGAGUUUAUCUGCAAUGGCAGACAAGUCAUUGGUCUAUGAUGCAGCUCAAGCAGCAGUGCAUGUGCUUUGCUUUGUGAAAGACUCGUAUCAAGUGUCUGCAGAGCUACUUGCUGAUUUUGAACGUGCUGAUGGCUAUCAACUGUUAACCACCCUGCUCCUUGGGUGCGAUAAGGAACUGGAGAAACAAGAAGAAAAAUCCGUGGAAGAAUUGGUGGAUUUUUUGAGUUCUCUCACGAUCUAUGGUCAGAAAGAAUUGAAGGUCACACCCUGUAUUGCAGGUUCACAGUUCGCAAAUUUUAAGUUUCAACAGCCAACAAAGUCAGAUACAACUGUGAAAAACCUCCAGGCUUUCAAAGUCUUGCAAUUCAUAUUUCUAAAAGCCACCAGUUCCUGCAUCUCAUCAAUGAUCCUGAACAGCAUUAAAAAGAUCUGGAGUUGGGACAGAGCCAAUUUCUUCCUGUUGGAAUGGACACAGCAGACACUCUUUCAGUUCGCUGAGGUGAUAUACCAUAAGUCACGGCCGGUGCAGAUGCAGUAUUUUCAGAUGCUGCGGUGUGUUGUUAUCGAUAUGUCUUACAUUCCCCAUGAAGUCUUUUCGAGAGUGCAGGCCAUAAUCCGAGAGAACCUUUCUCCUGCCUGCGCCCUGUUGGCACUCGAGUGUGUGCUGGACAUUGCCAAACAUGACCCAUUGCUCACUGUCGUGUUCAGAGAGACGAGGCUCCUGGAAAUGCUCCUGACGCAGCUUCAGAGAUAUGGAAAAAUGCUGAGGAAAGCAGGGAACAAGGCACCUUCCAGUGAGCAGCAGCACCAGAGAGAAGCCUCAUGCCUGAUGUUAAAAGUUUUGGCCGUUAUGCUUCAAGGCUCUGUGAAAAACAUUGUGAUUCUCCGAGAAUAUGGAAUGGUUCCCUACAUCAAAAUUUUUCUCGAUGACCAGUUCUAUCGAAGUCAUGCACUGAGCAUCUUGGAGCAGCUGUUUAUUAUGAAUGCGGAGGAGUAUAUGCGCGUAGUCAUUGGAGUGUUGUGCUCAGCAACUCAGACAGAAUUAGUGCUGAAACUCGACCUUCUGCAGUCCCUUUUAAAUGUGCUGGGAAUGCCUAAAGCUCGGGCUGCGUUCAGGACUGCUGGUGGAUUCAAUGCACUGCAGUCAGUGCUGGCAGACAUGGAAGGCGCGUUAUGUGAUCCACCUUCAGGCAAUUGGGCUGCGGUGGAUCAGAAUGACAUCUGGGACCUCAUCCAGACAACUCUGUGUACUCUUACUGCUGCAAUGUACUCUGACCCCGUCAAUAGUCACUUCUUCAGGACUCAGGGCCAGUUCGACAAAAUGACAGAAGACCUCCGGCUUUUCGGUUGCUUCAGCGGCGAAGGAGGGCCAUUAAAAUGCCCCCUGGACACCGGUGCCUGCAGAAAGUUUGAGCAGUUUCUGUCUUUAGCUCAUGAUCCAACAGAGGACAAUUGGCCCUCUUUGAGGAAAUGUAUCAAACUCUUUGAUUUUCUGGACAGGAUGGCUAAAGGCACCUUGUCUUCUCCCUGUCCUACACAGCAAGCCAGAGAAGAUCUUGCCACAAGUCGCAAUGAAUUGUCCGAUGAAAGUUGUGCUCCGCAGAUCACUGGGAGUCAGCACGAUACAUCCAACCCCAUUGCAGAGCCUUUAGAACAACUGCUUAAAACUGAUCUGGAAGACAGGUUUGCUCUGGACCCUGCUCUCGUCCAUCCAGGUGCCAUUUGUGUCAUGAUGGAUCUCUUACCGAACACAAACUGUGAAGGAAUAUCCCAGCUGUCUCUGGAGCUGCAGUACGCAGUGGCUGAUUACGUUCUGUCUCUCGUCAAAUCGGAAAGGAACCGUCAGGUCAUGUGUGAAUCUGGACUUUUGACUGUCCUAAUAAAUCGCUACAAGGAGCCAUUGGUUGAUAAUAACAAUCCAUUACACUUGCCCCUCAUCAGGACUUUUGAGAAGUUGGCUUGUCAGGCCGUUGAGCCACAAACACUGAGACAGUUCUUACGCCUUGGCGAUCCCCUGAACUGUAGAGUUGGAAAGAAGCGAAUGUGUGACUCAUCUGGUAAACAUCAAACUGAUCUCUCCUGGUGUCACGUUGAUUCUAAUGAGGGAGACUCGGUGAGGAGAGGAACCCUCAACCGGAAGGGGUCACUGAUCGCCAAGCACGGACCGAUACGAAGCUUCAGUUUAUCCCACGAGUCAAGUCAGAAGGCAAUACCACGGCACCGUGUCAUGAGCUUAGUCUCCAUGAUGUCUUCUCGCCAAUUCCAUCCAACCAAAUCGUCUACAGCUCCCUCCUUUGUGGAGUUUGACAUGUCUGUUGUUGGAUAUGGGUAUGAAACAUUGAUACCUGUAACUAAUAGCCCAUGCAGUGAUCAGUUGACACAUAUACCUGGUGUCUUCACCUGUUGCCGGGGAUUUCCACCACCUGUUGGCUUCACUUACUCCACAUGGUUCACGGUUGUCAGCUUCAGUUCUGGAUUUGACGCACAUCCAGUCCGUUUCCUCACCAUCUUCCGUCACACGUCAAAGAUGGAGAAAGAUUUCAUUUGCUUAUCCAUCAGCAUUUCAGCACCAGAGAAGCGGUUGGUCAUUUCCACUCAGGAGGAGGUGUUUGAACCCUUCGAUUGGAAUGAACCAAGCCAGGACCAACAGUCUUCUGCACUAACCUCUGUCGAGUUCAACAUCUCCAACUACUUAAUUUGUGGUCAGUGGCAGCACUUGGCUGUGGUAUUGAACAAGGACCUUCGAAGAAACACAACGGUGCUCGCAUACAUAAAUGGAAAAGCCAUAGGAACUGCUAAGAUCCAAUACAUUCAGACAUUUCCAGGGAUGCAUUUUUCCUCGGAUUCAUCAGCUGUCAUCGAUGUUCAUGGAAUUAUAGGAACUCCCCAAAUCUGGAAACAACGGUCCUCUUUAGUUUGGCGUCUCGGUCCAACUUGCCUGUUUGAAGAGGUCAUUCCUGCGCAAAGUGUUGACGUUAUUUAUCGUUUGGGACCAAACUAUUUAGGAAACUUUCAGUCUGUUUAUUUGCCUGGGAGUGAUUUAACCAAAAUAUCAGAGCCUUUAGUACUUGUGGCAGAAGAGAAGGUAUCGUUUGGUAUCAAUGUAGUGUCAUCUGAGGUGAUGACUGUGACAGACAUUAGAAUUAACUACAAUGAAGUGGACAGCCGACUGAUAUCAAGUGAGUUGGGAAUUUCGUCUCGAGAUGAUGCAAUGCCUAUUGUUCUGGCAAAAAAUAUGGCCAGCCAUCUUCCUGGUCUAGCUCGAACUAUUGGCGCACCAAUUGCAAGCUUUUUUGGAGUCAGGACGUUUUUUUCGAAUCCUGCUGCCAACUGUUUGCAGUUCGUCGGUGGUCCUGCUGUGAUAUUAGGCCUGGUUGCCAUGGCAUCUGAUGACCAUGAGAUCUAUGCAGCUGUCAAGGUCCUGAUUUCAGUUCUGAACAGCAGCACUCUGUGUGAAAAAGAGAUGGGACGCAUUAAAGGCUACAGGCUUUUAGCUCUGCUGUUAAAAACGAAAGUGAGGCUGUUAAACGCCAGAAUUUUUCAACUUAUCCUGACCAUCGUUGGAACUGCAGAGCUGGGUCAAGGAACCUCGACAAUUUGCAACGACUGUGCUUUCAGAGACCUCCUCUGUGAUUUUGAGAUUUGGCUGAAUUCUCCAGAGUUGCUUGAUCUGCUGCUUUUCAGACAUUUUGUGGAACUUCUCAAAAGCAGUGAUGGAUGUCGCAAUGCUGAAGUCAUGCACAGACUUCUGUUGAUACCGAGACUUGUCUUUCUGCUGAAUGACCCCAAUAAUACCAGGUCAAAGGUUCAUGUCAUAUGCACCAUCCUUGCAGAAUUGCUGAAAAGUUACUUUACCACAGCAGAUCUCCUAAGGAUUGGAUUAUUCCUUACUUACACUUUGCCUCCAGCUUCCAUGAAUGAAAAAUUAAUUUCACUUGAAAGAGUUUCUGAUACGUCAAUAGACGCCAUACAUCAUGUACCUGGAAGGACAAUAUGGCUAAGAAACCAACUGUUGAGAAUGCUGCUUAAUGUGUGUUCCGGUUACCUUAAUCAAAAUUCUAAAGAUCAAGAGAAAAUGUUUACUUCGCUGGGGCCUGACUGGUUCUUGCUUUUCAUGCAAGCUCAUCUUCACCCGACCACUGUAAUCCUCAGUACAAAACUACUACUCCACUUCCUGUACAAUCCCGUGCUGUUGGUCAAGUUCAAAGAUGGCAUGCCAGCAAAUGUAUGGUUGGAGAACAGUACUGCAGAGUGCAAUAUCCUGAUGGACAAUAUCAAAUCUCGACCUCAGGCCUGCAGCCAGACACUGUAUUUAGUUCCUGGAUUUGAAAUAAUGCAGAUAUUUUUGAGCCAUCAUGUUGCCAUACCUGAACUGUACCUGCUCCUGGCUGCAUUGGUUUUACAGAAACCAAUUGAUGAGAUGCCAGAGGAUUCCAAGAUGGACCUUGACAUGAUGAUUACUUGGCUCCUUGAGCAAGUGAAAUCAAAUCAGUGCGAAAAGUCUGUGAAAAUCCCGAAUGGAUUGUGUACUGAAGCUGCUUUGGUUUUGCUGGAGAUGGUGAGAGCUACAUUAAGCAAGCCAAUCUCUGCAGAUACAGAUAACUCGUGGGAGGUCACUUAUCCUGGCAGUGUGAUGCAGUUCUUUUGCCUGGUCUACCACAUGAUCCCGGAUGAGCCUUUGUGGAGGUCACCAGAGUUUCUUCAUAGCCUGGCAGCAGUUGGUUUCCCUAUGGCUGGAUCACUCUGCUACAUGGCUGAUGCUGGAGCCUUACCGCAAGAAAGUCUGACUUCUACAGCUGGUGCCCAGCCUCACUUGUCAAUACACCCUGCAAGGAAGCAAGUUUCAGAUUUUAUACACAUCCUCCUUUUGUACAGCUUUCUGAACAUUCCCGCCAACAAGCAGUUGCAUCCUAUUGAGAUUCUGUUCGAGGUGUCACCAGAGAGAGCUACUGGCAACCAGAAGCAGAGUUUUCAAACUGAGAUCCUACUGUUUGUCAUGGACAUAUUUCACGUCAUCAGUGAGGAACAAACUGUAGUGAAGGACUUGGUUGGAAAUGGCCAGAGAUCUACACGCAAGGCCACUGAGGGGAACUCAGCUACAAUGUUUGAAAAUAUCACCUAUUUCAGCCAAAAAUUUGUUGACAAGCUGUAUGCUAGAAUGUUUGAUGUGAACCCUGAAAAAAUUCUCCGUUUCUUAACGGAACAGAUUUGUAUGGUAAUGCAGCAAGCCUAUUCCCAGAAGGAUCAAAUAAUAAGCAGCCUUUACACCAGUUUGAACAGAGCCAUUCUAUAUUGUCUGUCAAGGCCAAGGAUGUUACCUUCUGACCUACUGAUCUUGCUGAACACUCUUAAGUUCCUACAAGAACAAUGGGACAUCAUUUUUGCAACGUAUAACUCCAGCUUACCUUUCACCAUUUGUCUCAUUCACUGCCUUUGUCAAAUAAAAGCUGGAAGCUAUCCUGAUGGAUUUGGCGUGGGGACAAGCACCAGAAGAGCCCCUUGGAUUUUGCAGUCAACAUUCCACAGUGAAGAUUAUGAUGGAUCCUUUGAAGCAAUGCACACUGAAGAAGCUCAAAAGGAACUUAUGGAUUUGGUUGACUGGGUGUGGAAUCAGCUUAUGUCACAGAGAAGACAGUUCCUGGAGGAUGUCUACAAGAUCGAUCUCUCGGUGAAACAGAAAUCAAGUGAGACUGCCAUGGACUUUUCUGAGGUCUCACCAUUGUGGGAAGAGUCUGCAACCAAGGCCUGGCAUCAAUAUAUAGACAUCCUGGGCAGGUGGGUAGAUGGGGAUUUCACCACUGCUAUGGAUGGGCAAAGGAAAACUGGACAAGAAUUGUUUGCCAGUCUCCACAAAGAGAACUGCCAGAUGCAGCAGUGCAUUCUGAACCAAACGUCGAAAGACUGGGCGAAGAUGGAACAACAGCUGCUUCGAGAGAGAGGAUUAUGGGGUCCUUCAUCAGGGUCACAGCAGGGUGCAUGGAUACUGGACAUGGCUGAGGGCCCCUGUCGAAUGAGGAAGAAGAUGCGACGAAACACCAUUUGCAUCAAUUAUGCUUAUAAUGCAUGUCGAGAGAAAGAGGCCAAAAGUGAAGCCAGCAAGAAUCUUGCACUCAAUUUUAGAAAUAAGGAGUUUUACAUGAAGUUAUGUUCGACAGAUGAACUUAUGGAAAGCACCAAUAAGCAAACCUACUCAGGGUUGGCGUUGAACUUGGCUGAGAGAGAUGUUGAUGAACAAGGCAGGGACUGCAGUCAGCUGACAUUCUUCCCAGCCCUGAUUGAAAGCAUCCAGUCUGAAGAUUUCUUUGAGGACUGUGUGGAGAGACAGGCCAUUCUCCAAGUUUUUGAUGCGAAAGAGAAGAUCAACGUUAAAUACUCCCUCAUUGUGGCUGACAGUCAUUUGCUGAUGGAAGGUGUUCUGCUUUUCGGGAUAAAUCACUUCUAUGUGUGUGAGAAUUUCACACUGUCUGCUUCGGAAGAUGUUUACUGUGUUAAUCACCAUCCUUCAAGUAUUAAUGAUUCCUACAUUUACGAUAUGUGCAACAAGGAGACUGGUGAGAAACGUCCGAAAUGUUCCAGAUAUUCAUACGAUGAUGUUCGAGAAAUCCAUCAUCUUCGAUUCCUCCUUCAGGACAUUGCACUCGAAGUCUUUUUAAAGAAUGGAUUUUCGAAGUUACUUAUUUUCCAUAAAAACGACAGGAAAAGGGUCUUUAAAAGCUUCUGCCAUGCUAUACCCUCUGUGAAAAAAAGCAAAACAGAUGGUCUUAAAAAUGUUGGAAAAACGGUGGGCGAGAAAGCGGUUACACAGAAAUGGCAGAAAAGAGAGAUCAGCAACUUUGAGUAUCUCAUGUAUCUGAACACUUUGGCAGGGCGAACCUAUAAUGAUCUGAUGCAAUAUCCAGUAUUCCCCUGGAUACUUGCUGAUUAUGACUCUGAGGAGUUGGAUCUGAAUAAUGCAAAGGCAUUCCGAGAUCUCUCGAAGCCCAUGGGGGCACAAAAUGAGGAGAGGAAGGAAAAGUUUGUCCAGCGGUAUUUUGAAGUAGAAAACGAUGGGGACUUAACUGCACGUUGUCACUACUGCACUCACUACUCUUCGGCAAUAAUUGUUGCUUCGUAUCUUGUCCGAAUGGAGCCCUUUACCCAGACUUUCUGCUCACUCCAGGGGGGAUGUUUCGACGUGGCAGACAGGAUGUUCUUCAGCAUCAAGAAAGAGUGGGAGUCAUCCUCCAGAGACAACAUGAGUGAUGUCAGAGAACUGAUCCCGGACUUCUUCUACCUGCCCGAUUUUCUGCUUAACCAUAAUGCCCUCGAAUUUGGGUCCAUGCAGGAUGGGACUACUCUCGGUGACGUGAUCCUUCCUCCUUGGGCUAAAGGCGAUGCUCAAGAAUUUAUCCGGUUGCAUCGAAUGGCUUUGGAAAGUGAUUAUGUCUCUGCUCAUCUCCAUCACUGGAUAGACUUAAUAUUUGGUUACAAGCAGCAGGGUUCAGCAGCAGUUGAAGCUAUUAAUGUUUUCCAUCCUUACUUCUACGAUGACCAGGUUGAUCUCCGUAGCAUCAAAGACCCUUUGAAAAAGACUACCAUCAUGGGUUUUGUCAGUAACUUUGGGCAGAUCCCUAAACAGCUGUUCACUAAAGCUCAUCCUGCACGGAAUGUCCAAGGAAAGCACUCUUCAGGAAAGGACUCUGCUGCCUCUUCACCUGCCACCCUGCCCUUCUUCUACCACUUGCCAAAUCUGAGGUCCUCUAGUGUGAAAGAGCAAUUGAAAGGAGCUGUUGGACAUAUUGUACACACGGACAAGGGUGUUCUUGCUGUGGAGAAGAAUAAAUUGCUGAUACCACCAGAUUGGAGCAAAUUAUUUUGCUGGGGAUAUGAUGACUUCAGCUGCGCUCUGGGGAACUAUGGUGCUGAGAAGACUCUAACUGUAUUUGAAUGUCUGUCGGACUGGGGGCAGUGCCUGUGUGCUGCAUGUCCAAACACGACAACUGUUAUCACCGGAGGGACAAGCAGUGUUGUCUGUGUGUGGGGAAUCUCAGCCAACAAAGACAAAGCCAAAAGCAUGAUGUUGAAAGAGGUACUUCAUGGACAUAUAGAAGCCGUUACUUGUCUGGUGGUGUCGUUAACUUACAAUGUGAUUGUGAGUGGAUCUCGUGACAGGACAUGCAUCAUCUGGGACUUUAACACACUGACUUAUGUCAACCAGCUUCAGCAACACGAAGCAACAGUUUCUGCUGUCUCCAUUAAUGACUUAACUGGUGACAUUGCCUCUUGUGCAGGGACCUUCCUCUACCUGUGGACAAUCAAUGGGCAACCAAUCGUAAGCGUCAACACGUCCUUGGAUCCAACAGAGGGGAUUCUGUGCUGCUGCUUCACUGAGGUCCAUGAAUGGGACUCACGCAAUGUUGUCGUGACAGGAUGUGCUAAUGGCAUAGUGCGGCUGUGGAAGACAGAGUUUCGAAGAUUGCAAGUAACCAAGAAUGAUGGAGGAAGGCCAGCAGAAAAGAAUGGUUACAAAUGGGAACGGCACCUGGUCCUUUGUCAAGAGCUGAGCAGAAGCACUGCACCCGCGGGGAAACAGAACCAAAGGAGUCCUGCAGUCACAGCUCUAGGCAUCUCCAGGAAUCAUGCUAAACUAUUUGUGGGUGAUGCAUGGGGCAGAGUUUACAGUUGGUCGGUUGAAGGCUGAAAUAAUAACUGCGAGUGGGAGAUCGAUGAUGAUGGGUUCCAUAAAGAUAAAACAGCCUCCAGUGAAGAAUAUAUUGGUUAAAGCAGCACCCUCUAGGAGACUUCCCUGCUGCACGAUUGUAUUUGCAUAUAUUUGGAGCAGCACGUGCUGAUUUGAACUGGUCCAGACGCAAAGUUUGGGCAAUUGUACAAGGGAAAAUUUGAUUGAAAUUAUAAUUUUUAAGCGUUAGAAAUUCAUUGGAAUUUUAUUGCAAACGACGACUCUAUGCCAUUGGAACACUUUACAUGAGUUCGCAGAAUUUGCAGCUGACUGUUCUGUGAAGUACACUUUCUCGGGCUGUAAACGGAGAAUGGAUUUUGGAAAUUUCCAACUUGACUGUGAAUUACUUGGCUUCCAGUUGCUAAUACACUGACGGCUUCGUCGACCACACUCACUAGAAAUAGUCCUGGCCACCAAGCUGCUAUUGAUACCUGCUAUCAAUAACAUGCUGCAUGUUAGUGGAAUACCUUCUGAAUGGAGGGACAUGCACAACAAUUGGAUCUUGAAGUGCAGCAGGAACCAACUUCAUUUGACACCGCUGUUAGCAAAUCAUUAAGUUGAUGCUUCAAUGUUUAGUGGCAAUCACAUUGAGUAUGAGGAUUCAAAAAACAAAGACUAAACCUUCUAAAGCAAGUAUGUGAUUCGUUAUACACUGGGAGAAUGUGCUCGUUCUGAUUUUAAACCUCUCACUUGCUGGUGUUGUCAAAUUGAUGCAUUUACAGGGGAGGACUGCUAAUCUGAGUGACGUUGGAGACAGAAAUAAUGCUCUUCAGUUUUUAAGAAAGUGAAGCGGGCCAUUCCACAUGGUAUCAGAACUAAUUCCAUUUCCCUUGAAGCUUCUUUGCAGUAUGCUCUGCAACAACAUAUAUUUUCAUACCUGCAGUCUAUUGGGAUCUGAAAAUCAGCAGAGUUGGAUGUGUCCUUUUCAAGCCUUCAUUCCUAAAGGCACUUAGCCAAGGUUGUGGCUGUAAAUUAUAUAAGAAAGGUCCAGAUUCUCAACAGCAACAGAUGUUCAGCUGGGAGUAUUGUAUGUGGGGGCAUGAAGGGCAAUUAUUUUGAGGAGAGCUGUUUUCUCACCAUAAAGAGGUGGCAGCGUAUUUGAAAUUAGGAUUACAAUUUGACAAAAGAAGCUUCUGUGAGUAGGUUGGCAGAAUUUAAAUUAGAAUACACCAAUGAGAAUUUCAGAGCACUGAGCAUCUCCGUAGAUUUAACCUAUCCUUCUCACACAGUGUAAAUUGAUAAAAAGAAACAUAUACAGCUGAGAUUUGGGUUGGCUUUAAUUUUCACUUGAUGAUCACAUCCAAUGUUUGUAUCUCAAUAGAAUGCUGUUUUCUGUAAUCAUGUAAAUACAGAUGAUCAAAUAAAGUUUGGAUAAACAGGAAGAGAAUGUGGACACA